AAUGUUUGGCAUGACGCAGAAAUAAAAUUAUGCUACCUAACUAACUAACAUAUGAAGCAAAGAACCGACAUUUAGCUCAGGCUGAGAGGGAUUCCCUGUUUCUCCUCAAAGCAUCCUGUAAAGCAGCUCGGUGCAGACAGCAGCUGAGUGUCUCGUUUCUCCUCGUUUUCGACCAUGGUGCUACCACGUCUGCAGGUGUAAUCCGACUCGGUGCUUCGGAUUACACCUGCAGAUAACAGCCACGAUAUAUACAACACAAACAGACGGACACAAAGCUCCCAGUGUGCACGCGUCGGAGAGGUUUCACUUAGGCUUUUAUUUUGUGUUUCAGUGCGCAGAAGAUUUGGAUCAUCCACUCGCUUUAAAAUGUUUGAGUGACAUGAGGAUGACCAGCAGAAGUAUUGAAAUGUCUGCAGAGGACGUGGACCCCAGCGGCGCUUCGUCAGGAAAACACACGACCAGCGAAGUCUAUGUCCUCCGUCUGGAUCUGUGGCUCUUGAGAGAAUGAAAGAAUGAAAGAGGGAGUGACAGAGCGAAGGUAGAAGCAGUCCCAAACAUAAACAGGCGAUAAACAGGUGCGGUGAUGGCGGCAUGGCUGGCCCGGUUGUCUCCGGGCGACGCCUGGUACAACAUGUACUCGCGCCUGCUGCGGACCAAACCCGUGGGCUCCAUGGCUCCCGGCUCCGACGACCUCACCGAGCUCGGGGAGGGCUCGGCGGCCGGGCUCGCCAAGAUCCUGACCACCGUGGACCUGGUGUCGCUCGGCGUGGGCAGCUGUGUUGGCACGGGGAUGUAUGUGGUCGCUGGGCUGGUGGCCAAGGCGAUGGCUGGGCCCGGCGUCAUCCUGUCUUUUAUCAUCGCAGCGGUGGCGUCCAUACUGUCAGGUGUGUGCUACGCAGAGUUUGGCGUCCGCGUCCCGAAGACGACCGGCUCGGCCUACACCUACAGCUACGUGACAGUCGGGGAGUUUGUGGCGUUUUUCAUCGGCUGGAAUCUGAUCCUGGAGUAUCUGAUCGGCACAGCGGCGGGGGCCUCGGCUCUCAGCAGCAUGUUCGACUCUCUGGCCAAUCACAGCAUCAGUAACUACAUGAUAACGCACCUGGGCACGCUCAGAGGACUCGGUAAAGGUGAGGACACGUACCCUGACCUGCUGGCCCUGUUCAUCGCCCUGCUGGUCACAGUGAUCGUUGCUCUCGGCGUGCGGAACUCCGUGGUCUUCAACAACGUCCUCAACGCGGUCAACCUGGUGGUGUGGGUCUUCAUGAUCAUCGCCGGACUCUUCUUCCUCUCCGCCAGCAACUGGGAGGGCGGAAACUUCCUGCCCUACGGAUGGUCAGGGGUUAUGCAAGGUGCAGCGACGUGCUUCUACGCCUUCAUCGGCUUCGACAUCAUCGCGACGACAGGAGAGGAGGCGAAGAACCCAAACACCUCCAUCCCCUACGCCAUCACUGCCUCGCUGGUCACCUGCCUCACUGCAUACGUGUCGGUGAGCGUGAUUCUGACUCUCAUGGUUCCCUACGACCUCAUCGACGGCUCGGCUCCUCUCAUGGAGAUGUUUGCCGUCCACGGCUUCCUGUGGGGGAAAUACACCGUGGCCGUGGGCUCCAUAGCCGGACUCACCGUCUCUCUGCUGGGCUCUUUAUUCCCCAUGCCUAGAGUCAUCUACGCCAUGUCCCGGGACGGCCUGCUGUUCAGGUUCCUGUCUCACGUGUCUGCAUUCACACACACUCCCACGGUGGCGUGCGUGGUGUCGGGCUGCUUCGCUGCCCUCCUGGCUCUGCUGGUGAGCCUGCGGGACCUGAUUGAGAUGAUGUCCAUCGGCACCCUGCUGGCCUACACUCUGGUCAGCGUGUGCGUGCUGCUGCUGCGCUACCAGCCGGACGAGCAGACCGACACGCACCAGUUCAUCUCCGGGGAGGACGAGGACGGCCUGAAGCACCACCACGACGACGGCGCGGCGCCCACCAAAGACGACCACAUCCUGAUCGGAGGCUCAGACGCCGACGGAUCGGCGUCCUACCACGCCGGCGGGACGGAAGGAGAAGGGGAUGACUCUGAUUUCCACACGGGCCACCCCUCGCUGCUGAAAAGGCUUCUGGGAGGUCACUUCUACACCCUGCGGCUGCGGCUGGGAUUGCCCGACGCGUCGGCCCGGCCCACCCCCGCCACCGGCCGCGUAGUGACCCGUUGCACCCUCCUCUUCUUCCUCACGUCCUUCUUCCUCUGGUCCACCAUUAUAUUUGGCGUUGAGCAGGGAGAAGGCGCCCGCGCGGUGUUCUCGGGCCUCACGGCCGCGCUGAUGGCCGGGUCCUUGGCGAAGCUUUUGAUCACGAUUCUUCAGCAGCCACAGAGUGCGAGGAAGCUGCCCUACAUGGCGCCCUGUGUGCCCUUUGUACCCGCGGCCGCCAUAUUGGUCAACAGCUAUCUCAUGCUUAAGCUGUCGUCACUCACCUGGGCCCGGUUCACCAUCUGGUGCUUCGUGGGUCUGUUGAUCUACGGUUGCUACGGCGUGUGGCACAGCACGCUGGAGCUGAACGCCCGGGAGCAGCAGGCGCACGCCAGCUCCUACCAGCGCUACGACGACCACCUGGACGACGACACCUUCUCCCCCGACGACAGCGGCCGCCCAGAGGACCGGGAGGAGAAACCCUACCAGGGCUGGUCUGCCCCGGAGGAGAGGGGAUACAACUACCACGAGCACCAGGACGACGGCCCAGAUGGAGAGCAGCGUCCGGGCCAGUGUGAGGAUAACAGGGAGCCGUCUGGAUACCAGUCCGGACCAGGAGCCCCGUCUGCGAGCCGAGGCCGAGGCAGAGGAUGGACCAAUCAAGGUUUUGAUGAAGAGGAGGACUGAAACCAUCUGGAACUUUAAGACUGAAAUGCUGCUUAUAUGAGACACUGAACCAAAUAUUCCCUAAGACAGUGGUUCUCAAACUUUUUUCAGUAAUGUACCCCUUUUGAGUUGUUUCUUGAAGCAAAGUACUCCCCUGACCAGCGCUAAGCAUUUUCGGUAGAAAAUAAAGUGUAUAUAAACAGGAAGAGUACAGCGCUGUCAGCGAUAGAUUUACUUUAGAACAACAGCCUUGGAACUGGAAAAAAACAUUUAAAUGCUGAUGAGAAAAAGAGACAAAAACUGUAAA